GGCAUGUUGAGCGGCCGGCUGGCCCCAAAAAGGCAGAGACAUCUCCAUUCAGAUUCCCGAAUGUUCAACCGUUCGAUCUUUCGAACCACCUUCGCUCUUCCACGGUGCCCCUGGUUUUUUUCGCGUGAAUGACGCGCGCAGUAUUUCUCUAGCUGCCCUCUGCGCAGCUGUAGUGCUCGUCACCACCGAACUCUAUCUGGUUGUCCGGCUUUCGCGACCUCUUCUGCAACUUUUUAUUUAUACGCGCAUCUCAAAAAAUCCUUGCUUGUCGUAGCGCUGGUUCGGGUCUCGAACUCCUUCCGCAUCGACCCAAAGUGUCUUUUGCGGGUUGAGCGCAAAUUGGGGCAUGCUUGCCACGUCUAGGGACUGCGAAAAACAAACCCUCUGCGAUUCGUUGAGUCUUCUUUAAAACGUUUGUAACGUGACGUACAAACAUGUUUUCCCCCCAUAUGUGGACAUGCUGCGUAAUCUACGAAGCGGAGAAUUGCAGCGGGAGAGCGAAUCUGUCUCCCUUGGACAUUGGAUCUUUCGCUCCGUGCCUGUCUGAGAACCGCCAAAGAGGCCGCUUCACCUUGAGAGCGACGCUAAGCCUGCCUUGAGUACGUUUCACGCAUUGAAUUAUCUCCAGGUUUCCUCAUCUCGCGCUUUGGCAAGAUGUUGCAGGCCAACAAGGCCUCCGUUUUGACGGGCUUUCACAUGGGAAGCAUGAACGUUCAGCACAUGGAAGUCGAGUACCUUGUUAUGGUCAUGAACAAAAUCACGUCUCUCGCCUCGCUUCUGUCUGGCUUUGCUGCUUCGAGCUUCUUGCAAGCCACAGGUCUUCAGAGAGGGGAGUCCUGGAUCAAACUCAUCUACGUCCUUUUCACAUCGAGCGCCCUGGGUUUUAUGCUUCUGGUUCUUCUGAUCUGCACACUCUGUACAAUGUGGGGACCUGGUCUUGCUCUUCGCGGCUCGAAAGAUGAAUCCCUGCAGACGGCUGUGAACAUUAUGGAUUCUUCAGUUCAAGCUACAUUUCGGCUCUUCAGCAUUGGCUUGGCGUGUUACAUGCUUUCCUCCAUUCUCUCGAUGGUUCUCCUUCAACCGACCCUAUCGAGCUUGGUGUCUGUCACGAUCAUCUCUGUGGGCGGGGUGUUCAUCUGCCGUGCUGGCUUGCACGUUGUCGAGCAAUUGUCGCCAAAGUAUGUGACGCCAGCUACUAUCUGCGGGGACCCCCUGUUAUUUGCUUCCCGUCGAGUGGAAACCGAGAAGACAGCUGAAAUGGAGGGAUCAGGAUCUGCACUUCCUCCGGCGUCGCCAUACGUCAAGCUCUGCCAUAUGGAAACGGGUUGUCUCUAUUACCCUCCCCAGAAUCCAUCGGUGUUGCACGAGCCAAAUCUGGAAGAUUCGCAACAGCUUGACGCCAGCGGUUUGCACCUACGAGACCUUACGGCGCCAGCGGUGCUGGUGCGCCAUACUUCUGUGGGAAAUAGGUUAUCUGGCAGACCUUUCCGGGACACGAUUUCGCUUCUUUCGCGUAGUUCUUGGGAUAGUAUUGCCCCAAGAUGCGAACGGGAUGAGAGGAGCAUCGGGGAAGGGAGCGAGACACAAGGACCCUCGCAACCCUCCCCUCUGCUUCUGCCUCGCGCAAGCCUACGCAGAGGCUAGGGUGCAUGCAACGAUACAAGGGAAUUCGGCAGGUCUUCGGUAAAUGGGCCGAUUUUUUGCGUUGGUGAAGCAGAGGCAUCACGGGUCGUGUUGCCUGUAUUUGAAAACUCCUCGCUUCCCCGUGCAGGUAACGCUUUGCUUGACUGGUUGCCUUCGCUCUUCGGCAAAAUUGCUGGUGAAUCUCCCACUGACUCUCCCGCCUGUGCAUCUGCCUCUCACAUUUCUGGAUGCCCCGGCAGGACGGCGUUCACAGAUGCAAAAUGCGAACAAAAGGAGGGAACAGCGAGCCGCUGUUGGCACCGUGGGAGACGAGGCAAUGAACUCGAUCCCGGGGUCUUUUCAGAUGAACGUGACAGCCGGUGUGGUCUAGAUGAAGAGCAGACACUUCAACUACAUCGACCGACAGCAAGCGCAUUUGCUGAGUGAGCAAAGCGCAAAAGGGCAAAGAACGACGGAAAUGAACGAGACGAGUUACCACCAAGGUGGCGGUAAACAAUAUAGGGAGUGCAUGCCGACGCUGAGUACGAAGAAACGACUAGAGGCAGAAACAGGGGGAAAACAAGAACUGUACCAACUUUGAGAUGGCUUUCCGCCAUUGUCUCCCUCUAGGAAAGAAAAACAAGGGAACAAGAGAAGGGAAACAAACACUACGAGUCUAAGGGACAACAAAAACCGCAUGGUACAACCAUAUAUCAUUCUCGAUCAGUUUAUGUGUUUUGGUAUGGGGUAUCACGAUAAGGUGUUGGGGUACCAGCCCUCCGAAAAAGGGAGCUCAGUGUUCAUGCACGUGCCCGGAGUAUGUUAAGUGCACCCAAAAUGUGCUGUCACUGCUCCCGAAAACGUUGAUGCACCGUUUCCACAAAAGAGGAACUCAGCGGAAUGUCUUUGUUUUCGGCGAGUGGUCUCAUAUGUUAGACAGCGAAUUCGUGCCAGAUCGAGAAUAUGUGUAUCUCGAUCGUGACAAGAUUUUUUUCAAACAGGUAUGCUGGAAGACUCCCGCGUAGCCGGCAAGUUGAGGGCAGCUCAAAUUUGCCAGCGUGACCAUCGUGGUCUGUACCGCUUUUUCGGAGAGCAAAGAUGCUUCGAUGCGAGCAAGUGUGCUUCAAGAAAACAAGGUGGGGCUCGGC